UUUCUCCCGGACUUUAUCACCGCCUAUUUCUGCCCGUUUGAGACGUAACCUUCUUAUAUCGCUUUUUAUCAUCAUGUCACCAUAGAAGAUGGCGUCAGGUGUCUCACAGACCUAUACAGAGAGUAAAGUCCAAUUUCGUGGUACUGAUGGGGAUGUCGAGGAUGAGGAUGACAGUGAAGAUGUCUUAGAUCCCCGAGUGAAGGGGGAGCUAGAGCGAUUGAACUCUUCGACCGCAGAAAUCAAUCGUCUGGAACACGAUCUCGAGGAGCUUCAAGCAACAUUCAGACAGACGCUAACAGAGUCAGCAUAUAUUCUGAAAAGCCAAGCCACCUUUCUGGGACCAAAAUAUAUAGACAGAGCUCGACCUUAUUAUAACGCUGUACAAAAAGCAAAACAGUCACAGAUUGAAACUCAGAAAGCUGCACUAAAAUAUGAGAGGGCCCGUAGCUCACAUCAAGCAGCAAAAAAAAUGCUGUCCAUAGCAGAACAGAAACUUGUCUCCACAUCUAAGGAGCAUAAAGUACUGGACCCAACAUGGCAGGAAAUGUUAAAUCAAGCUGUUCUAAAGGUUAUGGAGUCUGACAAAGAGCGUGCUUUGAGGGAGAAAGAACAUCUUGAGACAGCACAGGCUUUCAGUGAAGCUGGAAGAAAAGUGACAGAAUUAAAAUCAAAGCUGAAUUCUGCUAUCAACAAGUCUAGGCCAUACUUUGAUUUGAAGAUGAAGUAUGAUCAAAUAUUAGAGGCACACAAGCGUCAAGUUGAAAUCACACAGGCAAGUCUCCAGGAGGCAAAACAAAAAUACUCCAUGGCCCUGAAGAACUUAGAAGGUAUCAGUGAAGAAAUCCAUGAAAUGAGACAAAGCAGAGAGAGCCUGGAUGCUCUUUUACUUGAGCGAGAGGAGGGGGUUGGGGCAGAGUCCCCUGAUGGAGAUUUCUCAGGUGACACAGAUCUAACAAACUUGGAAGGUGGGCCUGUGCUGCAAAGGAAACCAUCUUAUGGGUUUAAGAUAGCAGUAGUCUCAUCGGCAAAAGAGGUAGAACUUGAGAACAAUGGGUUGAUUGUGGGUGAGCGAGAUGGGGACCCUGAGGGUUGUAACUCUCUUGAUGAGCUGCAAGGGAGCAGAAAGCUUCAAGAAUCAUUUACCAAGGGCAUCAGGGAAUCUGAGGAGUCUGUUGUAUGCCAUGGUGAAGAUAGUUCAACUGGUCCUUCUGAGGAUGUUGAAACAGGAAGAGAAAUAACAGAAAACUUGUCAAACUGUGAUCACAAAUCUCCUAUUCCCAAGGAAAAAUGGAGUGUUGUACAAGUUGAUAGUUGUGUGAUUACAUCUGAGGACACAAAUGAAGCAAGUAAGUUUUCUGAUAGCAAAGAAUAUCCACAUGGUUUAGAAAUACAGCUUGUUACCAACCAAGACAGCAAGGCAUUGAAAAAUCAACAGUUAGAGUGUGAGGAAGUGAACUUGAAUGAGAUAGAUGAUGAUCUGACAAGCUGGGUACAUGAAGUGGCAAUGCAAGAAUCAACUUCCACAUUGGAAGACCUUGAAUUAAAAAGGGUAACCAAGAGAACUCAUGAUUCAAAUAAUUCAGAGGGAUCUGCAGAUAGAUGUGAAAGUAACAUUAUAUCAACAAAACAAGAAACUGUUGGAAGAAAAACUUUAUUAGAAGUUCAAGGUAAAGUCAAUGAAGAAGACUGUGGAGAAGUUAUUGAGAAAAGGCAAUCUGAUUGUGAAAGUGAGGUUAUUAACCAAGAAGUUACCAAUGAUAAUGGUUUAGAUGUGAUACUGGAACCAGAUAACUCAGCUUAAUAUAAUUUUGCUGAGGAGACAAAUAAGACUGUUAGAAACUGGACACAACUUUCCAUCCAGAUGCAAAACAUCAUUAAUACAAAUUUAGGGGGAAGGGCUCCUUUCCAAGAGAUUUUACAUGUUUAUUGAACGGAGAAGGGAAUUUAGUUAGUGUUCUUUGCUACAAGCUUAUUGUAUUGUUCAUGUCUAACCAAAAAAAAUCAAUUUAAUUAUUUAAGUGGGAACUUAGAUAGCUUUAAACAAUUUAAAUUUUUGAUGUACUGUAAGCAGUUUAACUUAGUAAUGCUUACAUUUGAGUUGUUUAACUUGCUGUAAAGGAUUUUCUGUUAAAAUAAGUUCAGUGUUAAGGCUUGAAGUGAGUGUGUAGUGGCUUGCACCACCACACUCAGUCACCUCGAAAAUUAGCUCAUAUUAGUAUUUCUUUUUUAUUUGUACUUUUAGAAAACGUAGAAAGCCUACAGCUAUCUUUGCAAUGAAAUACAUUAUUUUAAACUUCCCUUAGUAAGUUAUUCAUGGAAGGUCAAGUGCACAUCACUGAAAAAAGUUUGCUUUUAAUAUUUAUUCAAAAGACCAAAGUCUUUUUUAAGCAGUAUCUAAAAUUUUGUAAUACAAGUCCCUUUUUUGUAAAUACUAAUAUAUAAUUAACAUGUAUUUUAAGUGCACUUGUACAUGUUAUGGGUAAAGAACCAUUUCAAGAGCAAUGUCAGUGAUUUAACAACAUUUGAAGCCAUGCACUGGCUUUAUCUUGUGCAAGAAAUAGUUACAUUACACAAUCAAAGGAUGUCCAAGUUUGUUCCAAAGACAGCAAGAACAGUUUUUUAACUGCAUAGUAAAUAUAUGUAAGUUUUUUUUCUUCAUGAUUGAUUGAUUGAUUGAUUUCUUGAAACAACAGUGGCAUUGGCUUAAAGUUAAGCAAUUCUAUUUCUUUAUUGUUAGUUGACAAAGGAAAUUGUUAAUCACAAUUAAGAGUUGCGAGAUAUCAGUCAGCAUAAAAGUUUAAAAUGUUGUGCAUUGUAAAAAGACUAGAUGUUUAAAUAGUGGAAGAAAGAACAGUUAUAUUUAAUGAGAGGGGUCUUAUCAGCAAAGCUUGGUAUAAACUGCAUUUAUUUGGUGAACACUGAAAUAUAGAGAAAGCAUGCUUCAAA